AGCUCCUCGGCGGGGACACCGGAGCGGGCCGGGAGAACUCGGCCGUGCCGGACGCUGCCCGGCCCCGAGUGGGCUCGUGAAGUGGCUACCGGGGGUCCCUGUCCCGUCCCAGGCCGAGCGAGGAGGAGCGGGCUCGUGGGUGCGCUCGGCUGUGUCGGGGAGAGCGGCUUCUGCUGAUGAGUUCGGCGAGCCCCUCGGCGGCCCGGCGGGCAUUCUGACACCGCUCCGCACCCCGAGGUGGCGCGACCCUCAGCGCCCCCAGUACCGCAGGGCUCCAGGUUGUCAGCGGGGAAGGCUGCACCGUUUUAGAGCCACCCUGGCGCGGUCUUGAACUUCAUAUAUAUCCUGAAAGGAAUGAAAGAGACACUUCAAAGAAAUAAAGAAUCUCCCUUCAAAGAAGCCCAGCAGGAGUAGCAGGCGGCCAGGGAACCAUAUGAGUGACACACAGUGAAGGAAGCAGCCUCUCCAUAUUGAAGAAAAGAUGUGGAGUGGGCUGUUACCUCCUGGGCUAAAUGAAAGCGAUGUUGAGUCAGAUUCUGAAGAUGAAGCCACACUAGAGAAUCCAGAACUUACAGAAUUUAAUUUACAGGAAGAUGGAAAGACUGACAACAAUAGCAAGCCAAGAAUGUCAGAUUUCCCAGCAGGCAAGCCAAAACCGGAAACAGCGGCUGAUGCAAAUGCAUAUGAGAAGUGUCCUUCUGGAAUUCCCUUGAACGUGUGGAACAAAUUCCAAGAAUUGCAUAAAAGACAUUCUGAACAGAAAAAUUCAACAUCAAGAUUCAGACAGAAAAAAAGAAAACGCUCCAAAAAAGGCAAAUUGAAGAAUGAAAAAGAAUCCCACAGUGAACAGUCCUCAAGUGAAACACAGUGGAAGGAGCUUACUCAGUACUUUGGAGCCAAUGAUAGAUUUGAACCGCCGGUUAAACAGAAAAAAGUUGAGAAAUCAGGCCUUGAAAAGAGGAUAGACCAGGCUGUGGAGGAAUGGGAUGUUGAGAAGGCUGAAGAGCUCAGCAACCAGCUAGCUACUCGAGAGCUUGGUGUAAAAAUUGCCAAAGCAAUUGCCUGCCACAAGUUUGUUAAAGCCAAAAAGGAGGUUGAAAACUCACAGGCUGCUCGAAAGAAGAAGAAACUGGCGUGGGGGUUUGAAGCAAAGAAGAGAUGGGAAACUAAAAGCAACAUGGGAUAUAUGUAGCCUCGCAGAGUUCUUCAGGAUGUUCAUUGAGAGACUGACUGGCCUGCUUCAUUUACCAAAAAUAUUUUCCUGCUUAGGUUUAAAAUGUCAGAAAAUUGAUAAGGGUAGAAAAAAAUAAGCCUAAAACUUGGGAGCUGAUUAUAAAUUCUUUUCAUUCUUUUUUCUAGAAAGUUUGUAAAGGAAAUAAGCAUUUUUAUAUUUGUGUAAGAAAUUUUAAGCAUAUGUACAAGAUGGGAAGAGUUUUAUUUAUUUGUAUAAACCUACAGUUUAAAAUCAAUUUUGUGUUUCUUCUGUUAGGUCUAGCAUAGCCUAUGAGGUCCUUGUACUUCCUUAUCUAUUCUUAGCAUGACUGUACUUUUUCUAGAAUUGUGUUUUUCAGAUUGGCUUUUGUUUAUAAUAGAUUAGUCAUAAAUAUAAAAAUUCUCAAUUGUUAA